GGUAAGAAACAGUUUGCGUGGAUCUCCCAGUGCACAUACACCGAUUCUAGUCGAGAGAGGUUAGAGAACGUAAAACUACUCAUUAUUUUUUAUUGCCAAUUGCCAUGGGCUUGACUUGAAGUCGAUGCAGGAGGUGUCGUCGAAACUUCACCAAAUUACCGUUGACGAUGGACUUGACUUGAAGUCGAUGCACGAGGGAGGUGUCAUCCACACUUCACCAAAUUGCCAUUGACGAUGGAAUUGACUUGAAGUCAAUGCAGGAAGGUGUCUUCGAAACUUCACCAAAUUGAAAAGCAGGGGACGAAGAUGAUUUUGGUCAUGACAGAGGCAAAUUAGUCCUUGCAGCAGAAAAUUUUAAACUUCUGUGUAGUUUUAUUAUCAUUUUCCUGUAUCAGUAACAAUUGG